GCGCCAGGCGACGAGGGGUCGACCCGCCCCGUCCUGGUCCACGGCCCGUUCGGGGGCGCCGAGAACGUGCUGCUGGUGGCGGAGCUCCACGCUGGUGGAGGUCUGGGCCUGGGCGACGCGCUGUCCCCGAGCGAGACCGACGUCGCAGUGGGCCCGAAGGUGAUCGGCCGCCGUGCCGGCGGUCACCCAGUGCUGUGCGAGGGGGCGGCGAUCUCCGACGUCGAGUCGUGGCGGGCUCAGGCGUUCGAGAACGCUCCAAGCGUGGCCGCGUCUGCGCUGGGGCUGGCAGAGCCUCCGCCCGCGGCCGACGACCGCCCCGUCGACCUCCGCGACACCUUGCGGGCCCCCCCUGGCGAGGCUGGAGGCGCCAGCGCGCCGCGCGAGGGGCGGCAGGUCGAGCAGCAGGCGGAGGGCGUCAGGACCCUGGCUGUGGAGUGGAACGAGCAAGGCGUCCGCUUCAAGGAGUGGCGUCGAGCAGUUGGCGAGGGCAGUGAGGAGGCUUUGGGCGGUUGCGAGCUGCGCGGGGCCGGGGCGGCCCUGCAUCUGUGGAUGUCGAACUUCUGCCGCGAAUGCGGCAUCUAUGCAGCAUCGGCCAGCGAGGCGGCCACCUUCGACGCGCUGGGCCUCGGCUGCCUGGCCUGCCGGGAGGUGGCGGCGCGGCGGGUCGCCCGGAUCACCGAGGCCCACCGCGUCUCCCCUGGGCAGCCCGCGGCUCGGGGGGCAGGGCGCGUCCUGACGGGCGCCAGCCACCAUUUCCACGCGGUGUCGCCCGAGCUGCGGAACUUCGCUAUCCCCGCUGCUCCGUGUGAG